AUGAAGAGGAAAACAGGAAGUCACCCAACAACGGAGAUCUUCCUCACAGAGCCAGCCAGGCUGGGAAUAUACAACAGUUUUUUUAGAGAAUCGCAAGCGAAUCUCUGCAUGACUGCCUCUUUCUGGCAGAAUAAGGGCCAUCUGAGCAAUCGGAGCCAUAUAACAGCAGCCAGCUCGUCGUACAUCCCACAAUCCGCCCGCCCAUCCCACUACUCAGUAAGAAAAGAACCCAUUACGGAAUCCCCUCUGGCUGACAGGUCGAACGAUAGUUGGACUUGGGCUGCUGGGUCGUGCAUGAUGAGCUGGUGUGAGUUUGGUCAACAUGUUAAGCCAAGCAGGCUACGGUGGGACAAAGAGACCAAUUGUGCAUCUCCACCUCAGGCCCAAUCAACGAACGGCAAAGGCUAA